GAACCCCCAGAGUGUGGCAGCGCUCCGCCAUAUUGACUGUUGUCUUGACUGGAGAAGAUAGGGAACAUUUGUGAUCCUAGAAGAAUCGAAACCGUGCUUUUAAACAUCUCUAAACUGGUGCAACCUUGGCCAAAGGAUAUAUAUCCGACACCUGCGUGAUGGCGAGGAAGAAAAGCAAACAGCAAGGAGUCGGAAGCAAGGAGCUGGUGCCCGGACAACAGAGCAUAUCGAAGAGCCCCGUCUCUCCCGGAGAUACAGCUGGCGGUGGUGGCGGAGAUGCAGGGCUGGAUAGACUGGCGGCCAGGGCGAAUCAGCCGAGGCACACCUGCUGUCUCCUGUGUCACCGUGAGUUUAAGGACUGGGGUGCAAGCUCUGCCAACGGUCUGCCUGGGGGCCACGAGGCGAAGCUAGCUGACGCUGUCCCAGCCCUGUCCCAGGCCCUGCUCCGAGAGGUGCCGGGCCAGAAGCUGUCCGACACCGUGCCUUCGCUGAGCCAGUCUCUACUGGGAGAGGUGCCGCUCUGGAUCUGCCAGAGCUGUCGGAAGAGUGUUGAGGAAGAGGAGAGACAGAGCACCCAGGAAACGCCUGUAGCGGUUCCGUUGUCCCACUCAUCGUCGUGUAAGGCUCAGAGUUGUGGGAAUGGUUAUCCAGAGCAGAGCUCCAUAGACUGGGACCCAUCUUCCUUCCUCUCAGCCCACAAACUUUCUGGUCUCUGGAACUCGGCUCACAGCAACGGAGGGAUCCACUGCAAUCACAGCACUGCCUCGCACGCACAGCAAGGAACAGGGGGACCAGCGUGUCACGAGAAGCGAGUCUCUCACGAGGCUCCUGGGAAAUCUGCUAAAACACCUGGGGCCAAAGUGUGCCCCUACAGUCACCCUUCCCAGAAUUCCAGUGGUUCGUCCCCCGGGAACCCGCUCUCUACCUCCGGGGACCUCUGUAAGACCACCCCAAAGCACUUCAAGACCAUGUGCCGACGACCAGCUCCACCUGGCGAAGCAUUCCACCCCAGCGACCACCACCAACACUCAGACCUGUCUGUCCCCCCCAACAGCCCCACUGGCCUCUCCUCCUCUCAGCAUUCCUCUCUCCUGCCCCUCAAGCAGAGCUCUGGGGGGCAGCAGCACGGACAUGUCACAUCAUCCUCCUCUCCCGGUCUAGCUGCUCACGCUCCCUUCUCUCCGCUGGUACCAAACCUCCACGUUCCUGCGGCAGGGGCCAAGCUGGGGGCCCUGGGUGGCCCUGACUGCCCGACAGCAGCCCCCCAUAAGCCCUUGGCAUGUAAGAACUCACACAUUCCUCCUGUGAACGGUCAGCACAGCAAACUGGGCCCCUCCGUGAUGGGCUGUAACCACCCCUGCAACGGCCACAGUGGAGGGGCGCUGCCCUCUUCUAACGUGGGACACCUGACCGCUGGGCAACACCUGACCGCUGGGCAACACCUGACCGCUGGGCAACACCUGACCGCUGGGCAACACCUGACCGCUGGGCAACACCUGACCGCUGGGCAACACCUGACCGCUGGGCAACACCUGACCGCUGGGCAACACCUGACCGCUGGCGCCUGCAGGGACCAGGCGUGUAAAGGACAUAAGCUGUCUAACGGGGCAGGGGGGUUGUGUCACCCCCCUUCGGAGCUGGAGGAGGGGGAGGACGAGGACUCGAGUUCUGAGAGGAGCUCCUGUGCUUCCUCCUCAAACAACCAGAAGGACGGGAAGUACUGUGACUGCUGCUACUGUGAGUUCUUCGGACACAACGCGCCCCCGGCGGCUCCGACCAGCCGUAACUACACAGAGAUCCGUGAGAAGCUCCGGACCCGCCUGACGCGUCGUAAGGAGGAGUGUCUUCCCCAGAGACGGGACUCCGACCCGACUGUGUCCACCUCCAUCGACAACCGAGAUGUGGACGAGCUGUUGGACUUCAUCAACUCCUCAGAGCACAAACCAGCCAACAGCGCUAAGGCUGCCAAGCGGGCACGCCAUAAACAGAAGAAGAAGAGCCCAGUGAGGACCCAGACCACCUCAGCCAGGAGGAGGAGAGAGGAGGAGGAGGAAGAUGUGGACGGGGAGUACGGUGAAGGCCCGGAGGCUAGUCGGCUGCUGGAGUGGCCCCAGCUGGAACUAGAGAGGGUCAACUCCUUCCUGACUUCUCGGCUAGAGGAGAUCAAGAACACCAUCAAGGACUCUAUCCGGGCCUCGUUCUCCAUGUACGACCUCAACCUGGAUGUGAAUGACUUCCCCAAAAAGGCUGCUACUCUGGAAGGCAACCAUCUUCUCUCCCACCUCAACGGCUCUUCCUGCUCUGACCUGCAGCAGAUAGACCUAGACCUUGCCCCUCUCUCCCUGGGUACCUUCAAGAGCCAUCUGGACCUGGUCAGCGGCUGGGAGGAGGCCCAUCCCCGAGACAACUCCCCCAUCGGCCCCAUCUCACCCCCGGCUUGUGCUACUGUACCUGGGGUAGGGGGACCAUGGGCUACGGCUGGUACUGGGGCGAAGGAUGUUCAGAGGCUCCACACCACCCCCAGCCUCUCCAAGCUGCUCCGGGUGCGUUCCCCAGAGAGGUGCCCUUCUGCUAGGCCUGAGAAUAAACACCAGGCCCCUGCUUCGACCCAGACCUCCACCACGGUGGCUAAGCCUAAAGAUGAGACCCCAGCGGAGCCCAGGAUCAUUACUAUCCCUGCUCCUGGUGCUGGGGUUAAUGCUGGGGCUGGCAGGAAUAUUACUACCCCUACUCCUGGGGUUAAUGCUGGGGCUGGCAGGAAUAUUACUACCCCUACUCCUGGGGUUAAUGCUGGGGCUGGCAGGAAUAUUACUACCCCUACUCCUGGGGUUAAUGCUGGGGCUGGCUGGAAUAUUACUACCCCUACUCCUGGGGUUAAUGCUGGGGCUGGCAGGAAUAUUACUACCCCUACUCCUGGGGUUAAUGCUGGGGCUGGCAGGAAUAUUACUACCCCUACUCCUGGGGUUAAUGCUGGGGCUGGCAGGAAUAUUACUACCCCUACUCCUGGGGUUAAUGCUGGGGCUGGCAGGAAUAUUACUACCCCUACUCCUGGGGUUAAUGCUGGGGCUGGCAGGAAUAUUACUACCCCUACUCCUGGGGCUGGCAGGAACAUUGCUACCCCUACUCCUGGGGCUGGGGUUAAUGCUGGGGCUGGCAAGCUGAAGAAGGGCAAGAAGCAGCAGCAACGGCAGGACCAGCUGCCUCCAGAACAGAACCAGACCAGACCCGGAUCUAAAGCAGCUGCAGAAUCUCAGAAAACUGGAUCCAACAGUUCUGAUGCUGUGGGUUCUAAGGCUGGUUCUGGUUCCAAACCACCACCUCACUCAGCUGAGAGCCAGAGAACCGGGUCAAGGAGAGCAGAGGAGACCAGGCCCACCAGGCAGCAGGCUACCAACGGGACAGUGAGUAGCGCGGCUGCUCCAAGCACCCAAAGAGGGAAGGGGGAGGAGCAAGAGGCCAAAGGUCACUCUGUCACCUCAACCAAUCACAACCAAGCCCAGCAGCAGCAGCAACAACCCAAGGGGAAGAAUAAGAAGAACAAGAACAAGGGGGAGAGAACCAGCCGCAACAUCGACGAUGUGUUUCUCCCUAAAGACGUCGACCCAAAAGAAAUGGAUGAGAUUGAUCGUGAGGUGGAAUACUUCAAAAGGUUUUGCCUUGAUUCUGCUAAACAGACCCGUCAGAAGGUUGCAGUAAACUGGUCCAACUUUACCCUCAAAAAGGUUCCUUCCAACGCAGCCCAGUAAACUGACUGGUUCUCGAAUGCAGAACCUCCCCCCCCCUUCAACAUAACUAUGUCCAUACAACCAUCGACGGCCUGAGGCCUUCUCUCUCAUUCCCACUCCUCUUCUUUUUCCUCACCAAGCCAAGGGACCCUGGUGCAACACCAUUUUUCCAUUCAGGACUGCGAUACUGUGUUGCUAUUGGCUGACAGCCAGGGGAUCAUUCACUCACACACACGGGCGACUGAGACUAGACUCUGCCGUUUCGCAACGAGGGAGAUGAGAUCCAGGCUGAAACAUGGAGAACUGUUUUAUCGGAUCUAAUCUACUGUGUACUUCACUAUGUAGUAUGGAAAACAGUUACCUUAUACAAUAAAAAGUGUUUUUAUUGCAA